AUGGGCGUCACGGACGUGGACGACAAGAUCAUUCAACGCGCUCACGAGCAGAAGGUGCGUUUCCAGACGCUCGCUCGAGAGCAGGAGCAGCAGUUCUUUCAAGACAUGUCGAGUCUGUAUGUGAAGCCCCCGACAGCCAUUACAAGAGUCAGUGAGCAUUUGCCGGACAUCGUCCGGUAUAUUCAAGAGAUUGAGAGAAAAGGGUUUGCGUAUCGAGCCGCAGACGAUUCAGGAGUGUACUUCAGUACGCAGAAGUUGGGAACUCGCUACGGCAAACUGGAUCCGAGGCGGCAAGCGCAACAGAGUGUUGCGACGCAGGCAGCCACAGUGGAGGAGGAGAGUCAAGUUGUGGAUGAAGCAGACAAUCUGAAGAAGGAUCAGAGAGACUUUGCACUGUGGAAAGCAGCAAAGACGCACGACGAACCGGCGUGGUCAUCGCCAUGGGGAAUGGGGAGACCCGGUUGGCAUAUUGAGUGCUCGGCAAUGACGCACCACGUGCUUGGGGAUAAGUUGGACGUGCACACGGGUGGAGUGGACUUGCGGUUUCCACACCACAACAACGAGAUCGCGCAGUGUGAAGCGCAUAAUUACGGCUGUGGACACGACGGAGAGUGGUGCAAACACUUUGUGCAUUUCGGACACUUGUACAUUCGUGGACGGAAGAUGUCGAAGUCGCUCAAGAACUUCAUUGGAGUGAGGGACUUCUUGGAGGAUGGACACUCUGCAGACGCUUUUCGUCUGUUUUGUCUGCAGUUUAAGUAUCGCGCAAACUUGGUGUACUCUGAGGAUCGGAUUCGGGAUGCCGAAGCGAUUGUCGAUCGACUUCGAGGUUUCUUCCGAAGUGUCACGGUAUACGGCAGUGACCAUACCAUUUCUAGCAGGAAUGCUGCUUUACGAGACUUCAAGUCAAAGCGUUGCGAGAAAGAAGACUUGCAAAUGUUGGAUGCACUUUUUAAGACCCGAGCGCAGGUAGAUGAAGUUCUGCUUGACGAUUUAGACACUCCGCGUGCGUUAUCACUUGUAUUGGAGCUAGUAUCACGUGGAAACAUGUACUUGCUCGCUCAACGAGGCGAGAACGAAGCCCCCGACGAGGUGCUGGUGUCACUGGCUGACUACGUGCUUGACGUGCUUGACCUUUUUGGACUCGAAGGACUGCAUACCGAGUUUUCAGCCAUGAUGCACCGUCGGUUUGCAACUCCACACAAGAAGCAGUUGAAUCAAACUGACGGUAUGCUUCGUUGGGAAGAGCAGGAGACUUUGCUCCAUGCGUUGCUGAAAUUUCGCACCUCAGUGCGAGAAGAAGCUUUGCGUGAUCCCAAGCAGUCGGUCAGUGCACGCGUCCUCGACUUAUGUGACACCUUGCGGAACAAAGAACUACCUCAGCUGGGUAUCCAGGUCGAGGACCUGGCACCGGGGCAGUCUGUGUUCAAGUUCCUCUCACCGGCUGAACGUGAGGCAGCUCUAGAGGAUAUCGACGAUCAGACGAGGUGCAAAGCAGUGGCAAAACACGACGAUCAGGAUGCGCUGGCGUUGAGGAAAAAGCAACAAGAGUUUGAAGCAAUGAUGCAGAUCACUCCAUCUGAGCUGUUCAUGAAGUCACCGGAGUUUGCAGAUCGACUCUUCUCGCUAGACGUCGAUGGGUUCCCGACGCACGAGGAUCACGUGCCACUUACAAAAAGUCAACAGAAGAAGCUUGCGAAAAAACUGGCCAAGCAUGAACGAUCGUAUGCCAAGUACUGGGAAGGCCGCAAACAUAAUGGGCAGUAG